GCGCUCCCUCCCGUGCGGCGGAGCCUUUUGGCGACGGGAUCCGCUCCCGGCACCGCCCCUGCCCGGUGCCGGCGGGAAACAUGUCCGCGGGUCGCCCGUUCCUGGCCUGCGCCUGCUUCUUCUCGGACAACAUCUUCGUAGGGCGCUACGGGCUGCACGUCCGGUACCGGGACGAGGGGCAGCUCCGCCGCGACCACGGACGGGCGCUGCGGGAGCGGGGCUGCAGGGGCGAGGAGGAUUUCAGAGCCGCGUUGCGGGAGAUUGAGGCAGAAGUGCAGAGAAGAAAACAGUUAAUUCAUCAGUCAGUGGAACGCAAAGCCAUCAUCUCAAAGUGCUACAAACGAAAACACCCAGAAGUUUACAUUCUGCAGGAUUCAUUCCUGGCCCCAGAUUUUCUAGAAAUCGUGUCAUACUGCACGUCACCAGAUGCUCAUCUCCAUGGCCUCCUGCGCUACAUCGAGUCCUUCUCAGAUAAGAGGAUCUUUCGACUCCCAGUGUUCACAGAGGAGUUUUGCCAAGCCUUUGUGGAUGAGCUGGAGAACUUUGAGCAGUCGGAUAUGCCUAAAGGCAGGCCCAACACUAUGAAUAACUAUGGGGUUUUGCUAAAUGAGCUUGGGAUGGAUGAAACUUUCAUCACAGCCCUGCGUGAAAAAUACCUGCAGCCCAUAACGGCACUGCUUUAUCCUGAUUUGGGAGGUGCUUGCCUGGACAGCCAUAAAGCAUUUGUGGUCAAGUACUCGCUCCACGAAGAUCUGGAUUUGAGCUCUCACUAUGACAAUGCAGAAGUCACCUUAAACGUUUCACUGGGAAAGGACUUCACAGAAGGCAACUUGUACUUUGGGGAUUUCAGCCAGGAACCUACCCCUGUGCCAAAGUACAUAGAGAUCGAACAUGUGGUUGCCCAGGGACUGUUACACCGAGGAGGGCAGAUCCACGGGGCGCUUCCCAUUGCCUCUGGGGAACGCUGGAACCUCAUUAUUUGGAUGAGAUCAUCUGCCAUCCGCAACCAGCUCUGCCCCAUGUGCAACAAGAAACCUGAGCUGGUGGAAGCAGAGGGCUUUGGAGAUGGGUUCACAGAAACCCUUGACGACGAUGUGCCUGAGACUGUGAAUCUCUGUUCCUUGUGGUAGCAGACAGUAGAGCCUGAUUUCUCCAGACCAAGUUGCCUAAAGUUCCUUUCUGACCUCUCAGACUGCACUAACAGACUCUUUGAUGGAUGCACGAGUCACGUAAGAAGUAGCUAACAUCUUGGAAAGUGAUGUAAAACCAAUCCUGUGGGGGUUAGGGAAGCCAGCUGCUUGGACAGCUGGAGGAGCCGGUACUCAGCUUGCCAGGGCUCACACUCGGGCUGGAGAGCAGGAGGACUGCUUGGAAGCCGUAGAAAGCCUUAACAUUUUGAUACACUGCAAAGGCUCUGUAAAUAUUUUCAGGUGUACGGGGAAAACACCCAAAGCUGCUUGGCCUUUGUGAAGACCUUUGUGCCAACAGCAGCAUCACAGGUCCUGCUGUAAAUGCACAAGAAUGGUACAGUAAAGCCCUGCACUUAUCACUGCUCUCCUA